AUGGUAGAAAUGUGGAAUAUAGCCAUUCAAACUCAUGCAGACGAAGAGGCCGAGGUGUGUGCAGUACCACAAUUUAAGAUCAACACAGAAGAAAAAUGGGGAAUUGGAUGGAAAUAUUCACUGAAAUGCCUCAAUUGUGGAUACAUCUCUCCUGUGGUAAAAUUAUACAAGGAAAUCACGACUGGCAAAAGAGGUAGGAAAGCGGCUGCAGUAAACAUCAACUUACAAGCUGGAUUGCUAGACAUGCCUUUAGGCAAUUCAAUGACUAGGCUUCUACUGGCAGAUUUAGACAUUCCCCCACCAGCUGAAAGUGGUAUGUCCAAGUUAUCCAGUUAUGUGAGUUCAAAGACAACUGACUUGAACAAUGAAAGCAUGAGAACUAAGGUGGAAGAGGUGAAAAAUGUCAAUAGACGAAAAGGUGCUUCCAACCCUAACGUGAUAAAUGUGGCUUUGGAUGGCCGGUACAAUUGUCUGACCAUAGGACACAGCAAGAAACCCAGACAAGGAGCAUCCCAAUCAAUCGGCAUUGCUUGUGAGACAAACACAGAUAGGAAAUAUAUCAUAAGUGCGGUGUUGCAAAAUAAACUUUGUUGGACUAGACCGUGGCUAAGAAACACAGGCAUUACUGUCAACUGUCCAGGACACGAGGGAUGCACAGCAAAUCUGACAAGACAUGCACCUUUAUCUGAGAGAGAAAUGGGGAGAAUAAUUGGUGAAGAUUUAUCUAUUCAAGGGGUGCUCAUCAAGUUUGCCACAACAGACGGAGAUUCAACGUCAGCUACCGGAAUUGAAGAGGCAAUGAGAACUUUACAUCCUAUGUGGAAAGUUGAAAGACUAGCUGACCGAGCCCAUCUUAGUGCAUCUCAGUUUCGCCAAUGUUUUAAGGCUAAUUUUAGCGACGGAAUGUUCAGAGGCAAAACAAAAGUUGAAAAAACAAAUCAAAAGAAAACUUUGAGCCAGGACAUAAAAUCUAGGUGUAGCCUUGUGAUCAAAGAGAUUUACUCUACUUACUGCGGAGAUGUGGACAAACUGAAAGAUAGCUUGCCAGGCAAGGUAAUAUACGCCCACUGA